UAAUGUUCGAAAGGUGACGCUGUAAUGCAGUGAUUAUUACGUCAAGUUUCAGAGGCUAUAAAAGUCAGCGCGCCCUUCAUUGUUUCGUGGGUUUUCAGUUCGGCGUGUUUUGGUUCUUGUUUACAAGUCCAAGGCGAUUUUCUGUGUUUUUCGUGGUUGUUUGUUUGUCUUUGUGUGUUUUGUUCGUCAUGUUUCCCGUCUUUGUUAUUGACAGAGGAUCACGACGAUUCCCUUCAGCGGAAGAGCUUUCUGCUGCUUUGAAUAACGGGUCGACUCUCCUGUUUGUUAAGGAGAAUCGGCCCGUUGUUGCAAUCAGCAGACCUCUAUCUGCUCCUGAGUUCACUGAGCCCUCCGUCCCUGUGUCACAGGAGGAGGCGCUCAGUGAACCGGGCAGUCCGCAUGAGGGAAACACAGUGGAUGCUGAGGUUUCGGUGAGGCCGUUAUCAACAGCAGAGGAAGCCUGUCCAGAGGAGAAGGCCAUGGUCAAGGUUGAAGACACUGAGGAGGAGGCGUCUUCAUCUGAUCAUGUGCUUUCUCCAGUGUCUGGUUCAGGCUCUGUCACCAGCUCUCUUACUGAAGGGAGUUCCUCUGUUGUGGACGACGAGCCUCCACUCAGCAUCCAACCAGUGCUGUCGCUGCCUUGGGUCGGUGAGGUGGUCCCCAUAGAGGACAUGAAGCCACCAGCUCCCACGAAAGGUUUUCCAGUUUGGAAAGACCUAGGGGACACGGUGGACCUUCAUGUCGCUCAUGAGGAGACCACACCACCAUCCUCCACUCAGGCAGCUGACACACAUCAGGGCGAUGCUCUCAGCUUUGUGAUGUCUGAAUUGACACCAGCUGAUCGAGCCGCCGCUCCCCCAUCUCCUGCGUUAUCAACAGCAGAGGAAGCCUGUCCAGAGGAGAAGGCCAUGGUCAAGGUUGAAGACACUGAGGAGGAGGCGUCAGAGUCUUCUCCUGAUCAUGUGCUUUCUCCAGUGUCUGGUUCAGGCUCUGUCACCAGCUCUCUUACUGAAGGGAGUUCCUCUGUUGUUGAUGACUGGAGUGAGGUUGAGCCCCUCAGCAUGGAACCAGUGCUGUCUCUGCCGUGGAUCGGUGAGGUGGUCUCCAGAGAGGAAAUGAAGCCACCGGCCCCCGUGAAAGAAGGUUUUCCAGAGUGGAAAGACCUCUGGUACACGGUGGACUUCAGUGCAUCUCGUAAGGAGACCACCACACCACCAUCCACAAGUGCAGGCGGCCCACAUCAGGAGAACAUCAAGGACCACGAGACUAAAGAUCUCAAGGCGAGGGCGGAGAUUUUAGUCUUUGAUGUGGUCCGUUUCUCCGGAUGUGGUUAUGUUUCUGCAGAAUUCCGAUUUAAGGUAGGGCGAGCAUUGGUGGACUUUGCCCUGACCUCUGAGGAGGCAUGUAGUCUCGUGAGGAAGACUUUGGACCGGGAGAUGCUCCGUCUUCGUAAAGAAGAGAGUUCGCCCCAGAAAUUGAUUCACCUUUACAGGUUCAUAAAGAGGUAUCCCAUGAUUUUUGUAGGCAUGAAGUGCCAACUUUCUUCAUGGGUCCUCGAGGAUCUUUAUGAUUCAGACCUCUCUUCAGAGGAUGAAUCUGAUGAGGUUGUACCUGCUGCUGCACCUGCUCCUGCUGACCCUCCAGCAGUGAUCCUUCCCUCUCCUCCUCCUGCACCUGCUCCUGCUGACCCUCCAGCAGUGAUCCUUCCUUCGCCACCUCCUGCACCUGCUCCUGCUGACCCUCCAGCAGUGAUCCUUCCCUCUCCUCCUUCUGCACCUGCUCCUGCUGACCCUCCAGCAGUGAUCCUUCCCUCUCCUCCUCCUGCACCUGCUCCUGCUGACCCUCCAGCAGUGAUCCUUCCCUCUCCUCCUCCUGCACCUGCUCCUGCUGACCCUCCAGCAGUGUUCCUUCCCUCUCCUCCUCCUGCACCUGCACCUGCUCCUGCUGACCCUCCAGCAGUGAUCCUUCCCUCGCCACCUCCUGCUCCUGCUGACCCUCCAGCAGGGGUUCCAGCCUCCCCUAGUGUGUCUCAACCUUCACCUCCAGAUGGAUCGACUGCUCCGGUUGAGACGCCUCAGCCCCAGAUGCCUCCAUCCUCUCAGCAAACUAGUGCAGACAAGGUGGAGGAUAAGAAGGUGGAGACUAGUUUACCAUCUCCACCUUCACCUCCGGAUGGGUCAACCGCUCCGGUUGCACCUCCUCAGCCCCAAACGCCUCCAUCCUCUCAGCAAAAUAAAGCUGAAGAGGUGGAGGACAUGGAGGUGGAGGCUAGUUUACCAUCUCCACCUUCACCUCCAGAUGGCUCAACCGCUCCGGUUGCGUCUCCACAAACGCCUCCUCAGCCCCAAACGCCUCCAUCCUCUCAGCAAACUAGUGCAGAUGAGGUAGAGGAUAUGGAGGUGGAGACUAGUUUACCAUCUCCACCUCCACCUCCAGAUGGGUCAACCGCUCCGGUUGCCCCUCCUCAGCCCCAGACGCCUCCUCAGCCCCAGCCAUCUUCAUCCUCUCAGCAAAGUAAUGAGAUGGAGCUGACGUCAAUAAUGGCCAGACUCUGUCUCACGGAAACUGAUAUUAAAGCUCAACCUUCACCUCCGGAUGGGUCAACCGCUCCGGUUGCGUCUCCCCAGACGCCUCCUCAUCCCCAAACGCCUCCUCAUCCCCAAUCGCCUCCUCAGCCCCAGACGCCUCCUCAGCCCCAAACGCCUCCUCAGCCCCAAACGCCUCCUCAGCCCCAGACGCCUCCUCAGCCCCAGACGCCUCCUCAGCCCCAAACGCCUCCUCAGCCCCAGACGCCUCCUCAGCCCCAGCCGUCUUCAUCCUCUCAGCAAAGUAAUGAGAUGGAGGUGACGUCAAUAAUGGCCAGACUCUGUCUCACGGAAACUGAUAUUAAAGCUCAACAUUCAUCUCCUCACGGGCUGUUGGCUGAUGUCACGCCACCUCAGGCCCAACUUUCACCUCCUCACAAACAAGCGCCUCCUCCCGCCUCACCUCCACAGUGUCGCGCUUUUAAGCGUCCGCCUCCUCCGUCACAGGAUGAGAUGAAGCCGAAGCCAAAGACGGACAGUCGGAAUAGGCUGUCGGCUGAGGUCACGCCGCCUCCGGCCCAGACACCAUCAUCCGCUCAGCAAAAUAAAGCAGACACUGCCGUGGCCGACUGUUCUUCAGUUUCUCAACCUUCAACUAAUAACAGUCGGCCAAUCCGGCAAGUGUCUCCUCCCGCCUCUCUUCCUAAACGUCGUGCUCCUAAGCGUCCGGCGUCUUCACAGGAUGAUCCGGAUGAGAUGGAGCCGAAGCCAAAGAGGCCCAGGCUGUGCAAUACAGAUAUUAAAGCUCAACAUUCAUCUCCUCACGGGCUGUUGACUGAUGUCACGCCACCUCAGGCCCAACUUUCACCUCCUCACAGACAAGCGCCUCCUCAGGCCUCUCCUGCUCAGCGUCGUGCUGUCAAGCGUCCGGCGUCUUUACAGGAUGAUCCGGAUGAGAUGGAGCCGACGCCGAAGAGAAAGAGGCUAAAUGGGCUGGCGGCUGAGGUCACGCCUCCUCCGGCCCAGACGCCAUCAUCCUCUCAGCAAAAUAAAGCAGACGCUGGGGAGGUCGAGUGCUCUUCUGUGUCUCAACCUUCACCUCUUCAGAGACAUAUGCCUCCUCCCGCCUCUCGUCGCCGUCUUUGGCGUCCGGCUCCGUCUUCACAGGAUGAGAUGGAGCCGACGCCAAAGAGGGCCAAACUUAACAGGCUGUCGGCUGGUGUCACGCCUUCUCCGGCCCAGACGCCAUCAUCCGCUCAGCAAAAUAAAGCAGACACUGCCGUGGCCGACUGUUCUUCAGUUUCUCAACCUUCAACUAAUAACAGUCGGCCAAUCCGGCAAGUGUCUCCUCCCGCCUCUCCUACAAAGCGUCGUGCUCUUAAGCGUCCCGCUCCAUCCACUUCACAGGAAGCAUCUGAAGGCAUGGUAUCAGACGCCAAGAGACCCAGACUGGAUGGGUUACUUUAAAAAAAAAAAGAGAAGAAGAAGAAGAGACCCAACCUGACCUCCUCAAACCCCGAGCAGAAAAUAAAUAAAAAUAUUUUGAUAUUAAACAGAGUAGAGUAGUGGAGAAAACAAAAAUGAGAAAGAUUGUUUGUGACGCAUUCAUUAUGUUCAUUUAUUGUGUCAAACUUAAAUGUAAUGCGAUUAUCAGCCGCAUCAAAUGAAAAGAGCAAAAAUCAUGAUCAGGUUUUACCAACAUUUCCAUCAUCCACUAGAAAGCACUUACAACCAAACUUACUGUAAACCUAAUAAGACAAAGAACCAAGUUAGGUUGAAAUCACUGAGAGAGAAACUUCACUAAAGUUUCUCUGUUCUCCUUUAACUCCUUUAGUAACACUAAACAGACAGAUCACAGAUGAGUUCAAACAGUUAACUAACUUAAAAUCAAUACAAGGUCUUUACAUCUUCUAACAAUCUGAUUACGAGGUUAAAAGAUCAAAAAGGUUUUCAAACGUCUCUCUACAGCUUGACGUAUAAUAUAUGAGAGAUUUCUGACUGCAGCAAUAACUUAUAAAACAUAACACUUAUUUUUAUUAUCAUAAGAAAACAUUGAAGUUUAUUGGUUAUGACGUGGACGACUAAUGAAUACAUAAAUCAUUUCUGAAGAGUUUGUUUUGAAUAAACACAGUAAAUAAUCUUUUAUUUAAUAUCUAAAGGUGAAAACAUCUGUAAGAGAGAUCUGUAUAUGAGCUGUUGACUGUUAAUGUUUGUAUAUAGCACAUGAUUCACAUUGUUUUCUUUAUCACACUGCAUUCAGGGAUCUUGAUGGCCACAUAAAGGAGGUGACCUAUAAAUCAACACAACAUUUUAUUCAUCUGUUUCAGAGGUAAGUUAUUUUAUUACAAAUGUUACUUUAUAAAGUCACUGUUUUAUUAAAGUCAUUUAAAAUGAUAAACAUCCAGUGAUGCUCUGAAUGAACUGAGAUUUAUUGAACACACAGUGUUUCUGUUCAUCUCAUGUUAUUAUUUAGUAUUUAUAGAGUAAUAUUUCAUCCUGAACAGUCUUUAGUUUGAUCAGAUUUAUAAAAGAGAGAUCAGCUUUAACUCUGGAGAUGAACUGCGAGUCAAGAACAAGAACACACUCAAAACAUUAUCUCACUAUCUCUUGAUAACUUAUAAUUCACUACAUGUUCAUAUCAAUGAUGAAUUCAUGAAUUCAGCUUUAAACAAACACACACACACACAACUUCACUGUUACUCUGUUUCAGGGUUUAUUUUAGUUAAUUAUAUUUAGCUUCAGAGGACGUCUGCGCAUGCGUGCACUUAUGAUGAGCGUUCAGCAGCACAUAUUCAGUGCUAUAUUAUAAUGUUUAAGCACUUUUAUUACAUUUACAGAUGCAAAUAUCAAUUGCUGUCUAUCUCUGUCUGUUUUCUUUUUGAAAAUAAAAUAUUUUUUAAUAAAAUGGAUUGUUGUUUGUGAUUGGACUGAAUACUAUACACAUACAUAUCGUCGCUGCCCGAUGAAACUCACGUAUGUCCAAAACGGUAACUUUUCAGAAAGUGAAAAAAACACUGUAUAUCAAAAGCAGUUGAAUGUAGCGUUGUCAUACUUGGUACGGCAUAUUUACAUGUAACCAUAUUCUUGCCAGUGUCAUGAUAUAAUCCACAUUUGACCAAAAUUGAGUUUAAAUGGACAUGCGUGCAUAUUUUACAGCAACUACGCGUUCUU